AUGCUGAAGCUUUUCAACAAAAAAUGUAUGGAGCAUUUUUCUGAGAUCCUGAAGAAAGCUGUGGAUUGCAUGGAGCUGGUCUCUGGCCUUGAAUCGAAGGACAUUCACCCCAACAGUAACUCCUAUCACUUCAUCAGCAAGAUGAAUAUUGCCAAAGGAAGAAUUCUAAUGGCAAGCAGCGGCUUGUUCAAGACAGGUCUGGUGAUUACCCUCUUGGGCAUAAUCUUUAUGAAUGAUAAUCAUGUCAUUGAAUAUGAAAUUUGGGAAUUCCUGAGUGUGUUGGCCAUCUAUGCUGGAAAGUUGCACUCAACUUUUGGGGAUCCCAGGAAGUUUAUAACCAAAGAUUUGGUGAAGGAAAGGUACCUGGUGUUUCAGAAAGUGCUCAAGGAUGGUCCUCCAUGCAAUGAAUGCCUAUGGAGUCUACGAACUUAUGCUGAAACCACCAAGAUGAAACUCCUAGACGUUUUGGCCAAGAUCAACAAUACAGUUCCCAGGUCCCUCCCUUCUCUGUAUGAAGAUGCUUUGAGAGAUGAGGAGGAGAAAGCCCAAGCCACAGUUGUCAAUGCUACAGCCAGUGUGCAUUCCAGGGCCAAGACUAGGAUCUUUUCUCCCAUCAAAUGA